AUGACUCGAUAUCUCACCCCCUCCAAGAUCUCCCUUCUAGCCCUUGUUUCCGUCUACGCUGAAGGCGUAGUCCCCAAUUCUGCUAUCAUCCCCGUCCUCUCAUUUCUAGUCUCCCAUCUACUUCCUCCUCAGCCCUCAACUCAACACCUCACCUCAAGCAACACAACAACCCAAGAUAGCAACCAUGCCAUUCCCAUCCAAGACUUUGAGGCUGCCACGUCAUCUCUAGCUUCCUCCAUCCCAGGUAGAACCGUCUGGGACCUGCUCCUGAAAAAGCUAUGGAAACUGGGCUGCUCCGACGCCCUCGACGAGUUCUUCGCUGGUAUAUUAACCAUGCUCACGAAGACGCGCGAGGAUCAAAUCAAUGAUCGGAACAACGGUAUCGCGCCGCAGACGGGUCGUAUGAUGAUCUCCCGUACAUCCCUGCUAGGCAUGUUCGUCAGGAGGGCGCAUCUUGAGUACACCCGUCUGCAGUUCCAUGAUGCGGUGGCUCUGUGGCGGGGGUUUAUCAAAUACCGGUUACCGACGUAUCAGCUGUGGGCCAAGCGGAAUCCGCUAGAUAGCCAGAUCGCGGUGGAUGUUAAUCUGGUUGAGCUUGGCCUAGAUCUGACAAGUCCGCUGGUUAAGGUGGUGUAUGGCGCGUUGGAAGAGGGGAAAGAUGUGGAAGUGGGGAUGAGCACGAGAGAUAUUGAGCGGUUGCUGGAUUUUCAGGUUGGGGAGAUGCAGAGCAACGGAUGCAGGAUUACUGGUGAAAUGAAAUCACGUCUGGAACAGAUGGUUAUAUCUGGAGUAUCUGUACCCAGCUCGCAACAUUAUAUAAAAUUCCUUGAUGCCUGGAAAGCAGGAGAUUAUCCCUCCUCCUUUGAUCACCUACAUCGCUACUUUGACUACACCAUGCAAAGCCGCGAUAGAACUUUCUAUCAAUAUGCCCUUCUCAAUCUUGCCAUUCUCCAAGCCGACUUUGGCUGCCACGCGGAGGCUGUCGCAGCCAUGCAAGAGGCCAUUUCGAUUGCCAGAGAAACCCAUGACAUGAGCUGCCUCAAUUUCUGCAUGAGCUGGCUUUACCACUUUGGAAAAGCCUUUCCAGAUGAAAUGAAGGACAUUCGGAACACGGGCAUGCUGGGCAGUGAAAAGGAAGGGUUGGCAUUUCUCCAGGCGAAGGCUAGGGAGACGGAAAUGUGGGGCCUGUUAGGUACAUCAUUACUUAGUGAAGCCAAACUGGAGCUGCAGAAUGGUGAGAGUGUGGCGUCGGCAUUUGAACAUAUUGUCAAAGCCUCAUUUCUCAAUGUGACGAAGGACGCGCCUAAUUUAGCUGGGCCUCUACUUAUGCUGCAAGCUUCGACGUAUUCUCGAAUAGGUAAUGAUUUUUUUUUUGGUCUUUGCUUUAGAGCAUACUCGGGAUUUGCUAAGAAUCUUGCAACGCUGAAGGGGUCGCACAUCUGGCGUGGUCUAAUUGCGAAAUCUUUCGAGAAUGCUACGCAGAACAAGCUCCACAUGAAGACAAUCUAA